ACAAUGGAGGUGGAAAAAAUGGUUAAUGGUUUGGAUAGUCGUAAAAGAGGCGUCGGAGAAGAAGAAGAAGUGGAGCUUCCAGGGUUUCGAUUUCAUCCGACAGAUGAAGAACUUGUAGGGUUUUAUCUCAAAAGAAAAGUGGAGAAGAAAGCUAUUUUUAUUGAUCAUCUGAUCAAACAGAUUGAUAUCUAUAAAUAUCAUCCAUGGGAUCUUCCAAGAGGUGGAAAUGGUGGAGAGAAGGAGUGGUAUUAUUUCUGUAAAAGAGGGAGAAAAUAUAGGAAUAGUGUGAGACCGAAUAGGGUUACAGCCACAGGUUCAGGAUUCUGGAAAGCCACUGGCAUUGACAAGCCUAUUCACUCCAUUUUAGGGUUUCCUCGCCAUGACUGUAUUGCUGGCCUCAAGAAAUCCUUGGUUUAUUACAUAGGAAAUGCAGGUAAAGGAACCAAAACUGAUUGGAUGAUGCACGAAUUUCGCCUUCCGGCCAUCGCCAAAACUACCGUAAAUGUCUCCUUCAAUGGCCAGAUCUUUACCACUAAUGAUCAAGAAGAAGCUGAAGUAUGGACAUUAUGCAGAAUCUUUAAACGGGAAGCUUCUUCUAAUUACAAGAGGAGUGCAUCAGAGUGCAGGCAGAAGACAAGUGUCAAUGAAGAUAAUUAUACUAAGACGAAGAAGAUGGCGAGCUAUGAAGUGUUAACUUCAAUUGCUGUGAGCAGUGAAAAGUUGAUAAAGGCGCCGUUGUCUGAUAUUGAAUAUAGCUCUGGAAUCGGAUCAAGGAAUUAUAACUCGUCCUUUGCCGGCCAUCUGAUGAGCUUAACAAAUGAUGUUCAACAUCCAGUUAUGGCUUCACAUUUAAGCUUGCAGAAAGGGGAUGAUGAAUACUUCAGAGAAGAGAAUUGGGAUGAGCUGAGGCCAAUGGUUCCUAAUUAUUGA